AUGGCUGCCGUUUGUGUCUGCUCUCUCUCUUCUAGUCAUCUGCAUCAGGUUUCCUAUCUCGUCGUCUUGGAUGUGGAUCGUCUCCACCAAGAGAUCCUUAGUGGUCAAGAGGAGAGAAGCAAUUUUCCCAAAAGCAGAAAAGAGAAACAGGUGGAAUUAGAAAGGUUAGUUUCUGAAAAGUCAAAUAAUAUUCUUGAAGCUCCGGCGAACGCGGUCCCGGAAACGAGGGCUCUGUUCAACGGAGAAGCUUCGAAGCUGCCGCUAGGGGUGGACCCGCCGGGUGGGGCCCCCGUCGGCGUUUCGGAGGGGGGAAAGCCUACGGGAGGCGGAGCCGGGGGAGAGAUGGCGGAGCUAGGAGACGGAGUAGUGGCCGGAGUGGGGGUGGUUGCUGCGGGGGCUGAAGCCGGGGCUGGGGUUGAGGCAGGGGUCGGAGAAGGAACCGAUGAAGGAGACGGCACUGGAGACGGCGAACGCACAGGCGUGGGGGAAGAUGCUGGUGCAGGAACCGGUGCAGGUGAUGACGACGGCACCGGAGUGGGCGCGGCAGCCGAGGGUGUGGGUGCGAGCUUCGGAGCCGCCCCCGGAGCCUGCGCUAUGCACGAGCUGACGAGCAGAGCCAGCAUCAUCAGAACCUGA